GAUCGGGCUCCCCCGCUUGGGCUUUUUUCUGCAGGUGCAUCAUGAUCGAGCGUUUUCUCCUCUCUAGCUUCCGGCCGCUCCGCCGCUGCGGUGGCGGCUCAGUUUCUUUUCUGCCUCUCAGUGUAUCGAGAAACUUAUGGGGAAGAUCCCAAAGUGUAGCAUUGAAUCAUGCAAAGAGCACAGAGGGAGAAAAUACCACUAAGCCAAUUGGACGCUAUCUGGUACCCAGGAAGACGGAUUUGCCAUAUGAUAUAGUAGAGCUCAUGGAGGAAAUAGAAGUAAAGAGUGGGUUUUUGCCCAAUGUGUUUAAGAUUAUGGCUCAUCGGCCAGCAGAAUUUAGGGCAUUCUUUGCCUAUUACAAUGCCAUCAUGAACAAGGAGACAGGAAACCUAAGCAAGGCUGACAAAGAGCUCAUUGUUGUGGCUACAAGCAUCGUCAACAAGUGUCCCUACUGUGUAAUUGCGCAUAGUGCCAUACAUCGUAUCUACUCCAAGAAACUAACUUUGGCAGAUCAGGUAGUUGUGAAUUGGAAAAUGGCUGAUAUAAGUGAUCGGGAAGCGGCCAUGCUUGAAUUUGCCCUUGCUGUCUGCAGAGCAGAUAACAUAACGGAAGAGCACUUUCAGAAGCUGGAGGCACACGGAUUUGACCGAGAGGAUGCCUGGGACAUAGGCGCCAUUUCAGCCUUUUUUGCCAUGUCAAAUCGCAUAGCUCACUUCACAGAUCUGCAUCCCAACCCAGAAUUCUAUAUCAUGGGAAGAAUACCAAGAGAGAAGGAGAAGACCAGUUCCUCCUAAUAAAACUUGCUGAUGCCCUAAUCUUUGCA